AUGGCAGACACUGAGGAAUAUGAGGAAUAUGAGGAAUAUGAGGAGGAAGAAGAGGAGAUUGAGAUUACUUCGACGACUGUCACUGAGCAGACCAGUGAGUUCAUGCAGUCUGGCUUGCCUACCAGGAAAGUGAAGAAGAAGGUCAAGGUUGAUACUUCUAAGUUCAUGACUCCUUACCUGGCUCACAGCCAGAAGAUGCUGGAGCAGUUUAGCCACAAUAAGUACCGCCAUGCUUAUGACAACUCAAGGGGGAACCCCCCAGCCAUCUCCACUGAUACCCCUGAGAUGAUCCGCAUCAGGAAGGCCCAGGAGCAGCUCAGUGAGGUGAAAUACCGCAUGGAGGGUAAUAAGGCCCGGACUACCAGCUUAUAUGAUGGGGAGGCGAGGGAGAUUGCCCAUGUCAAGCAUGUCUCUGACUUGAUCAGCAAGGUUCUGUACAGACAAAAGUGGGAUGAAACUAAGGACAGGUACUUGCUGCCCCCGGACGCUCCUGAGCUGGUCUUGGCCGUGAAGAAUGCUGCCAACUACAGCAAGAAACUUUACACAGAGGCCUGGGAUGAGGACAAGACCCUUUUCUACCCCUACAGCGACAGCCCUGAGCUACGUAGGGUGGCCAAGGCUCAGGAGGUCCUUAGUGACAUUCACUACAAGAAAGGCCACGAUCAGCGCAAGGCCAAGUACACCUCUCUGGCUGAUCCUCCUGAUGUGGAGCUGGCUAAGAAAGUGUUCACUCAACGCAGUGAUCUUAAGUACAAGGAGGAUUACAAUAAAAACGUGAAGGGCCAAUGGUGCGAGACCCCCUACUUUGACGUGGCCAUCGCCAGGGUGGCGAUGGACAACCUCAGCCAUAGAAAAUACACACAAGAUUAUGAGAAUCUGAAAGACCAAAUUUAUUUCAUGCAAACAGACACUCCUCUUUACGAGACAAACAAGAAAGCUCGUGAAGCGUCUAGCACGGUCCAAUACAAAAAGGAGUACGAGAAGGGGAAAGCACAGUCGGAUUACAACACGCUCCCUGCCACAGAGAACCCUCUACUCAGGCAGCUCCGAUACGCCGGCACCAUUCUCAGUGAUAAAGUGUACAAGGCCAGCUAUGAGAAAUCCAGAGGGUUUAGCAUCAACUACUGCGACACACCCAAGUUCCACAUGGACUCGGUCCUCAAACAGUUCACGGACGCCCAUUACAAAGAUAAGUAUGACAGUGAGGUGAAGGGCCAUUACAUUGGCAGCUAUGAGGACAUCUAUAUGCUUCACUGCCGGAAGAUUGAGGAAAUUAAGAGCGAGCAAAGUUAUAAAGCUGAUUAUGAAGAUAUCAAGACGAGAUGUUUCUUCCCUCAAACAAUUACGCCUGAAUAUGAAAUCGAUAAGAAGCUUCAACAGUGUAAAGAUAAAGUAUACCGGCAACAUCCGGGCACAGUGAAAUUCACACAAGUUUCGGAUUCGCCAGUUCUGGUUCAAGCUGCCAUCAACGCCCGACAGUUAAGUGAUCUGAACUACAAGGCAAAGUAUGAGGAGACAAAGUUCAAGAAUUCCCUGCCCCCCGACUACCCCUUCUUUAUCCAGUCCAGAGUAAACGCUUAUAACCUCAGUGAUAGCAGUUACAAGUACGACUGGGAGAAGGCUAAAGCCAAGCAGUUCGAGAUCAAAGGUGACACCAUCUCGAUCCUUGCAGCCCGUGCACACACAAACAUUGCCAGUGAUGUGAAAUAUAAGAAGGAAUAUGAAAAGAACAAAGGCCGGAUGGUUGGAGCACUCAGCAUCAAUGACGACCCCAAGAUUUUGCACUCCGUUCAUGUAGCCAAAAUCCAGAGUGAUCGUGAGUAUAAAAAGGACUAUGAGAAGAUAAAGACCAAGUACCACACCACACUGGACAUGAUGUCAGUCAACCUGGCAAAGAAGUCCCAGGCAAUUGCCAGCAUGGCCGGCUACAGGAGCAUCAGCAGCCGCUACCUCCUCCCCUACGACAGCGUGCUGUUGGACUUGGCGAAGAAAGCCAACGUCAUCCAGAGUGAUAAUGAAUACAAGUCUGACUACAACAACUACACCAAGGGAUCUCCCUGGGUCCCUUUUGGUUCCUUGGAAGUGGAAAAAGCCAAGAAAGCUGCUGAGAUCCUAAAUGAGAAAAAAUACAGACAGCACCCAGACACCAUCCCCUUCACAUCUAUCGAUGACCACCCCAUCAUGAUGCAGGCCAAAGUCAACCAGCUUCAAAGAAGCGAUCGGUUCUACAAGAGAGGUCUGGAGGAGGUCCAUCAGAAGUACUCUCUGCCCCCUGACAUUCCUGAGUUUCUCCAGGCCAAGUGCAAUGCAUACAACAUCAGUAAGAAUUACUACAAGCUUGCCUGGGAGGAGACGAUUGCUAAAGGCUAUGACUUGAAGCCUGAUGCGAUCUCCAUCAUUGCUGCAAAGGCUGCCAGACAUGCAGUUAGUGAUGUCCAAUACAAGAAAGCAUAUGAGAAGGCAAAGGGCCAUCAUGUUGGCUUCCGCAGUCUCCAGGAUGACCCCCUGCUUGUGCACUACAUGCAAGUGGCCAAGCUGCAGAGUGACAAAAACUACAAAAAGGACUACCACAAGGUCAAGCUGAAGUAUCACUCUCCAGUGGACAUGAUGAGUUUGGCUCAUGCUAAGCAUGCUUCAGCUGUGCAGACCUUUGCUGGCUACAAGCAGCGCCACCACCAUUACAGUCUUCUCCCUGAUGCUAUGAGCCUGGAACUUGCCCGCAACAUGAACCAUAACUCCAGUGAUUACAACUACAAACUGGAUUAUGAGAACUCAGUAAAGGGAAUCGGCUGGGUCCCCAUUGGCUCCCUGGAAGUAGAAAAAGCCAAGGUGGCAGCGGCGGCUCUGGAUGAGAAAAAGUACAGACAAAAACCUGAUACCAUCAGUUUCACCAGUGUCACUGACUCCAUGAACAUGGAGCUGGCCAAGGCAAAUGCAAAAAUCCUCAAUCAGAAAGCGUACAAGGCCAGUGGAGAGAAAUUCAUGCAUACUUAUCAUCUGCCUCAUGAUGUGCCUGAACUGAUGCAAGCCAAAUACAAUGCUGUCAACAUCAGCCAGAAUUAUUACACCUACGCUCACCGUCAAGAUCUGCUCAAAGGACAUCAUGUGAAGGAAGAUUCCAUUCCUAUUGUUGCUGCCAAAUCCUCCAGAGACAUUGCUAGUAAUUACAAGUACAAGCUGGCAUAUGAGAAGGCAAAGGGCCACCAUGUUGGCUUCCGCAGCCUCCAGGACGACCCCCUGCUGGUGCACUACAUGGAUGUGGCCAAGAUGCAAAGUGAGAAGAACUACAAGAAGGACUACCAUAAGGCCAAGCUGAAGUAUCACACUCCAGUGGACAUGAUGAGUGUAGUGCAUGCCAAGCAGGCCUCUGCUGUUCAGACCUUCACUGGCUACAGAAAGAUUCCCCACAAUUACUUCCUUCUGCCCGACAACAUGCACCUGCAUCUGUGUCGCAAUAUGAUGGAAAUUCAGAGUGAUAAUGUCUACAAGUCUGACUACACCAACGUUUAUAAAGGUGCAGGGUGGGUUCCUAUUGGGUCCGUGGAGGUAGAGAACGCCAAAGCUGCCACAGCAGCCCUAGAUGACAGGGGCUACCGCCAACAUCCCAGUACUCUCAAGUUCACCAGUAAGACAGACGCCAUGAACAUGGCUCUGGCCAUUGCCAACUCUAAGCAGCUAGACAAAGCUGCAUAUAAAGCCUCUGGUGAGAAGUUCAUGCAUACCUACCACCUGCCAGCAGACAGUCCUGAGUUCCUCCAGGCUAAAUUCAAUGCCCAGACCAUGAGUGAGAGUCACUACAAGCACAAGUGGUUGCAGGAUAUUGCCAAGGGAUAUGACAUGAAGCCUGAUGCUAUUUCUAUUCUACAUGCCAAGCAAGGCAGACACAUUGCCAGUGAUAUCCAAUACAAGAAAGACUAUGAGAAAGCGAAAGGCCACCAUGUUGGCUUCCGGAGCCUCCAGGACGACCCCCUGCUGGUGCACUACAUGGAUGUGGCCAAGAUGCAAAGUGAGAAGAACUACAAGAAGGACUACCAUAAGGCCAAGCUGAAGUAUCACACUCCAGUGGACAUGAUGAGUGUAGUGCAUGCCAAGCAGGCCUCUGCUGUUCAGACCUUCGCUGGCUACAGAAAGAUUCCCCACAAUUACUUCCUUCUGCCCGACAACAUGCAACUGCAGCUGUGUCGCAGUAUGAACCUCCAUGCUAGUGAUUAUGAGUACAAGUCUGAAUGGAACUCCUCCGUCAAAGGAAUUGGAUGGGUCCCCAUUGGCUCACUAGGAGUUGAGACAGCUAAACUUGGUGGUGAAAUUCAGAGCGAGCAGAGAUACCGCACUCAUCCAUCCAACUUCAAGUUCAGCAAGCUGAUGGACUCCAUGGACCUAACUCUGGCCACAGCCAAUAACCAGAUCAUGAACAAGAAAGCUUACACUGCAGCUUGGGAAAAGGACAAACUGGCGGUCCAUGUUAUGCCAGAUUGUCACGAGAUUGUCCUGGCCAAGGCCAAUUCCCUCAACAUGAGCAAUAAACUUUACAAAGCUGGUGUUGUUGAGAUGGCUAAUAAGGGCUAUAACCUCAAAGCAGAUGCCAUCCCCAUUUUGGCCGCCAAGUCUGGCACCACCAUUGCUAGCAACUACAAAUAUAAACUGGACCAUGAAAAGGCAAAGGGCCACCAUGUUGGCUUCCGCAGUCUCCAGGAUGACCCCCUGCUGGUCCAUUACAUGGAAGUGGCCAAGCUGCAAAGUGACAAGAACUACAAGAAGGAUUACCACAAGGUCAAGCUGAAGUAUCACUCUCCAGUGGACAUGAUGAGUGUGGUGCAUGCCAAACACGCCUCUGCUGUUCAGACUAACACUGGUUACAGAAAGACCCAGCACAGUUAUGCUCUCCUCCCUGAUGCUAUGAACCUGGUCCUGGCUCGCACCAUGAACGCCCAGUCUAGUGAUUAUGAGUACAAGUCUGAAUGGAACUCCUCCGUCAAAGGAAUUGGGUGGAUCCCCAUUGGCUCACUAGGAGUUGAGACAGCUAAACUUGGCGGUGAAAUUCAGAGCGAGCAGAGAUACCGCACUCAUCCAUCCAACUUCAAAUUCAGCAAGCUGAUGGACUCCAUGGACCUAGCUCUGGCCACAGCCAAUAAUCAGAUCAUGAACAAGAAAGCUUACACUGCAGCUUGGGAGAAGAACAAACUGGCUGUCCAUGUUAUGCCAGAUUGUCACGAGAUUGUCCUGGCCAAGGCCAAUUCCCUCAACAUGAGCAAUAAACUUUACAAGGCUGGUGUUGCUGAGAUGGCCAAUAAGGGCUACAACCUCAAAGCAGAUGCCAUCCCCAUCGUAGCAGCUAAGACUGGCACCACUAUUGCCAGCAACUUCAAAUACAAAUUGAAUUACGAGAAGGCCAGAGGUCAUCACGUUGGCUUCCGCAGCAUCAAGGACGACCCCCUGCUGGUGCACUACAUGGAAGUGGCCAAGCUGCAGAGUGACAAAAACUAUAAGAAGGACUACCACAAGGCCAAGCUGAAGUAUCACUCUCCAGUGGACAUGAUGAGUUUAGCACAUGCCAAGCAUGCCUCUGCUGUUCAGACUAACGCUGGUUACAAGCAGAUCACCUCCCGCUACACAGUACUGCCUGAUGCCAUGAACCUUGAACUAGCUCGUCACAUGCAGUUCAUCGCCAGUGACAACCAGUACAAGAGUGAUUAUGAACGCUCUGUCAAAGGAAUAGGAUGGGUUCCUAUUGGAUCUCUAGAUAUUGAGAAAGCGAAAACAGCGGGCCAUAUCCAAAGUGAGAAACUGUAUCGUCAGCAUCCCAGCAACUUCACAUUCAAGAAGGAAAUGCAGUCCAUGGACUUGGCACUGGCCACUGCCAACAACCAGAUAAUGGAUAAGAAAUCAUAUCUUAAAGCCUGGGAGAAUGAUAAGAACUCAAUCCACAUCAUGCCUGAUGCCAUGGAAAUUGUUCUGGCCAGAACAAACAAAAGGAACUACAGUGAGAAAUUUUACAAACUGGACAAUGAGCUGUCCAAAAAGAAGGGUCAUAACGUUCAUGCAGAUGCCAUUGCAAUCCAGUCUGCCAAAGCAUCCUCUGUCAUUGCCAGUGAUUACAAAUACAAGACAGGGUACAGGAAGCAGGUUGGACACCACAUUGGUGCCCUCAGCAUCCAGGACGACCCUCUGCUCAUGCUGGCUCUGAACUCAGCCAAGAUCGCCAGUGAUGCCCUGUACAAGAAGGACUUCAACAAAUCCAAGACCAAGUUCCAUCUGCCUGUGGAUAUGAUGGCCUUUGAACUGGCCAAGAAGAACCAGAUUCAGGUCAACCACGCCAACUACAUCACCCGCCUGCACAACUGGACCUGCCUCCCAGACUCCAACGAUGUUGUCCAGGCCAGACACGUGUAUGACAUUAACAGCGAUGCUAUCUACAAGGCUGAUGUGAAGAUGAUGCAGGGUGUUGGAUGGGUGCCUAUUGGCUCAUUAGAUGUCGAGAAAGUGAAGAAAGCUGGUGAGAUCCUGAGUGAAAAACAGUAUCGUCACCAUCCAAGCAACUACAAGUUCACCAGCACAGCUGAGGACAUGCCCAUGAUGUUGGCUAAGGCAAACGCUCAGAUCGCUAACAAGCAAUCCUACAUUCAAGCCUGGGAGAACGACAAGACUUCAAUCCACAUCAUGCCUGAUGCAAUGGAUAUUGCUCUGGCCAGAGUGAACAAAGUCAACUAUAGUGAGAAAAAGUACAAACAAGCUAAUGAAGAGUCCAAGAAAAAAGGCUACGAUCUGCGUAAUGAUGCCAUUUCCAUUAUUGCUGCCAAAGCCACAAGGGAUAUUGCAAGUGAUUACAAGUACAAGACAGGAUACAGGAAGCAGGUUGGACACCACAUUGGUGCCCUCAGCAUCCAGGACGACCCUCUGCUCAUGCUGGCUCUGAACUCAGCCAAGAUCGCCAGUGAUGCCCUGUACAAGAAGGACUUCAACAAAUCCAAGACUAAGUUCCAUCUGCCUGUGGAUAUGAUGGCUUUUGAACUGGCCAAGAAGAACCAGAUUCAGGUCAACCAUGCCAACUACAUCACCCGCCUGCACAACUGGACCUGCCUCCCAGACUCCAACGAUGUUGUCCAGGCCAGACACGUGUAUGACAUUAACAGCGAUGCUAUCUACAAGGCUGAUGUGAAGAUGAUGCAGGGUGUUGGAUGGGUGCCUAUUGGCUCAUUAGAUGUUGAGAAAGUGAAGAAAGCUGGUGAGAUCCUGAGUGAAAAACAGUAUCGUCACCAUCCAAGCAACUACAAGUUCACCAGCACAACUGAGGACAUGCCCAUGAUGUUGGCUAAGGCAAACGCUCAGAUCGCUAACAAGAAAGCAUAUAUUGAUGCUUGGGAGAAUGAGAAGAACCAGAUCCACAUCAUGCCUGAUGCAAUGGAGGUUGUUUUAGCCAGAGCAAACAACACUAACUACAGUCUGAAAAAGUACAGACAAGCCCAUGAAGAUUCUAAGAAGAAGGGAUAUGAUCUGCGUAAUGAUGCCAUUUCCAUUCUUGCUGCCAAGGCAUCAAGGGACAUAGCCAGUGAUUACAAGUACAAGACAGGAUACAGGAAGCAGGUUGGACACCACAUUGGUGCCCUCAGCAUCCAGGACGACCCUCUGCUCAUGCUGGCUCUGAACUCAGCCAAGAUCGCCAGUGAUGCCCUGUACAAGAAGGACUUCAACAAAUCCAAGACCAAGUUCCAUCUGCCUGUGGAUAUGAUGGCCUUUGAACUGGCCAAGAAGAACCAGAUUCAGGUCAACCACGCCAACUACAUCACCCGCCUGCACAACUGGACCUGCCUCCCAGACUCCAAUGAUGUUGUCCAGGCCAGACACGUGUAUGACAUUAACAGCGAUGCUAUCUACAAGGCUGAUGUGAAGAUGAUGCAGGGUGUUGGAUGGGUGCCUAUUGGCUCAUUAGAUGUUGAGAAAGCGAAGAAAGCUGGUGAGAUCCUGAGUGAAAAACAGUAUCGUCACCAUCCAAGCAACUACAAGUUCACCAGCACAACUGAGGACAUGCCCAUGAUGUUGGCUAAGGCAAAUGCUCAUAUUGUCAACAAGAAAGCAUAUAAUGAGGCUUGGGAGAACGACAAGACCAACAUCCAUGUCAUGCCUGAUGCAAUGGAUGUUGUUUUAGCCAAAGCAAACAACGUUAACUACAGUCUGAAAAAGUACAGACAAGCCCAUGAAGAUUCUAAGAAGAAGGGAUAUGAUCUGCGUAAUGAUGCCAUUUCCAUUCUUGCUGCCAAGGCCUCAAGGAACAUCGCCAGUGAUUACAAGUACAAGACAGGAUACAGGAAGCAGGUUGGACACCACAUUGGUGCCCUCAGCAUCCAGGACGACCCUCUGCUCAUGCUGGCUCUGAACUCAGCCAAGAUCGCCAGUGAUGCCCUGUACAAGAAGGACUUCAACAAAUCCAAGACCAAGUUCCAUCUGCCUGUGGAUAUGAUGGCCUUUGAACUGGCCAAGAAGAACCAGAUUCAGGUCAACCACGCCAACUACAUCACCCGCCUGCACAACUGGACCUGCUUGCCAGACUCCAACGAUGUUGUCCAGGCCAGACACGUGUAUGACAUUAACAGCGAUGCAAUAUAUAGAGCUGACCUGAAGUGGCUCAGAGGCAUGGGCUGGGUCCCCAUUGGCUCAUUAGAUGUGGAGAAAGCCAAGAAGGCUGCUGAGAUCCUGAGUGAACAGAAGUAUCGCCAGCACCCCAGUACUGUUUCCUUCACCAGUCCCCUAGAUGCUAUGAACAUCGCACUGGCACAACAUAAUGCUUUGACCAUGAACAAGCGUCUGUAUACUGAGGCAUGGGAAAAUGAAAAGACCAAGCUGCACAUCAAGCCUGACACCCCCGAUAUCCUCCUUGCUCAGCAAAAUGCUAUCAACAUAAGCAAUAAACAUUACAGACAAGGCUUUGAGGCCACCAUCAAGAAGGGCUACCACCUUCCUGUGGAUGCCAUCUCUGUCAAGAGUGCCAAAGCCUCAAGAGAUAUCGUCAGUGAUUUCAAGUACAAGACAGGAUACAGGAAGCAGGUUGGACACCACAUUGGUGCCCUCAGCAUCCAGGACGACCCUCUGCUCAUGCUGGCUUUGAACUCAGCCAAGAUCGCCAGUAAUGCCCUGUAUAAGAAGGACUUUAACAAAUCCAAGACCAAGUUCCAUCUGCCUGUGGAUAUGAUGGCCUUUGAACUGGCCAAGAAGAACCAGAUUCAGGUCAACCAUGCCAACUACAUCACUCGCCUGCACAACUGGACCUGCCUGCCAGACUCCAACGAUGUUGUCCAGGCUAGAAAGGCCUAUGAUCUGCACAGCGAUGCUGUAUACAAAGCUGACAUGGAGUUUGUUAGAGGCUGUGGCUGGGUCCCCAUUGGUUCAUUGGAUGUGCUGAAGGCCAAGAAUGCUGCAAAGAUCCUCAGCGAGCGUGGCUACAGACAGAAGCCAGACACAUUGAAAUACACCACUGACAUGACAUCAAUGCCAAUGGUCUUAGCGAAGACAAAUGCUGAUAUCAUGAACAGGCGAGAUUACUUGGCUGCGUGGGAGGCUGACAAGAUUAAAAAUCAUGUAUCUGCUGACCUACCUGAACUGUUACUUGCUAAAGCUAACGCACACCACAUUAGCAAGAAACUGUACAGGCAAGAUGUUGAGGAGAACUUCAGAAAGGGCUAUGACCUCAAGCCUGACGCCAUCUCUGUUGUUGCUGCCAAGCAUUCAAGGGAGAUCAUCAGUGAUUACAAGUACAAGACAGGAUACCGCAAGCAAGUUGGUCACCAUAUUGGUGCACUUAGCAUCCAUGAUGACCCUCUGAUGGUGCUGGCUCUGAACUCAGCCAAGAUCGCUAGUGAUGCCCUGUAUAAGAAGGACUUCAACAAGUCCAAAACUAAGUUCCACCUUCCAGUUGACAUGCUGACAAUUGAACUGGCAAAGAAAUGCCAGAUCCAAGUGAAUGACUUCAACUACAGAACUCACCUCCACCAGUGGACCUGCCUGCCAGACUCCAACGAUGUGGUUCAGGCCAGGAGGGUCUAUGAUCUACAGAGUGACGCUGUGUACAAGGCUGAUAUGGAAUGGAUCAAAGGAACAGGUUGGGUCCCCAUUGGAUCGGUGGAUGUGGAGAAUGCUAAGAAGGCGGCAGAGAUCCUGAGUGAGAGGAAAUACCGUCAGCACCCCAGCAACUUCAAGUUCACUGCCAUGACAGAAGACAUGCCAUUUGCUCUGGCUAAGGCCAAUGCCCAGAUCAUGAACAAGAAAGCAUAUACUGAAGCCUGGGAGAAAGAUAAGACCAACCUUCACAUAAUGCCUGACACUCCAGAGAUCCUCCUGGCACAUCAGAACAAACUCAACAUCAGUCUGAAACAUUACCGUGAAGGCUUUGAAGAGACCAUCAAGAAGGGUUACUACCUGCCAAAGGAUGCCAUUUCUGUUGUGGCAGCCAAAGCCUCCCGCAACAUUGUCAGUGAUUAUAAGUAUAAAGCUGGCUUCCGCAAGCAGUGUGGCCACCACAUUGGAGCCCUCAGCAUUCAGGAUGAUCCUCUGCUUAUGCUGGCUGCCAAUGCAGCCAAGAUCUCUAGUGAUAAUGUCUACAAGAUGGACUUCAACAGGACCAAAACUAAAUUCCAUCUGCCAGUGGACAUGCUUGCCUUUGAACUGGCCAAGAAAUGUCAGAUUCAAGUGAAUGACUUCAACUACAGAACUCACCUCCAUCAGUGGACCUGCCUUCCAGACUCCAAUGAUGUGGUCCAGGCCAGGAAGGUCUAUGACCUGCAGAGCAAUGCUGUGUACAAAGCUGAUAUGGAGUGGUUGAGAGGAUGUGGCUGGUCACCUCAGGACUCUGUGGAUGUCCUCAAAGUUAGACAUGCCCAGGCCAUCCUCAAUGAGAAGCUCUACCGCCAGCCCCCUAGCACUGUCAAGUUCACCAGCGUUGUUGAUCUUCCUGCCAUUGUCUUGUCCAAGCAGAAUGCUGAACAUCUCAGUGAUAGGAAAUACAAAGAGGUCUGGGAAAAAGACAAGCUCUCUAUUCACCUCACACCUGACAUCCCCAGCAUUACGCUGUCUAAGGCUAAUGCCCACAACAUCAGCAAUAAACUGUACACCAAGGAAUGGGAUGACCAGAAGGCCAAAGGCUACCACAUCAAGGAGGAUGCCAUCUCCGUGCUGAAGGCAAAAGCCUCCAGAGAUAUCGUCAGUGAUUAUAAAUACAAAACAGGAUAUCGAAAACAGGUUGGUCACCAUAUUGGUGCACUUAGCAUCCAUGAUGACCCCUUGAUGGUGCUGGCUCUGAACUCAGCCAAGAUUGCUAGUGAUGCCCUGUACAAGAAGGACUUCAACAAGUCCAAAACUAAGUUCCACCUUCCAGUUGACAUGCUGACAAUUGAACUGGCAAAGAAAUGCCAGAUCCAAGUGAAUGAUUUCAACUACAGAACUCACCUCCACCAGUGGACCUGCCUGCCAGACUCCAAUGAUGUGGUUCAGGCCAGGAAGGUCUAUGAUCUGCAGAGUGAUGCUGUGUACAGAGGUGACUUGGAGUGGCUACGUGGAUGUGGCUGGGUGCCACAUGAGUGUGUGGAUGUUAUGAAGGUGAAGCAUGCACAGAAGAUCCUGGCCGAGAGAGGCUACCGUGUCAAGUUGGAUGAGCAGAAAUUCACUGCCCCCAUUGACAGAGUGGACUUUGUCUGUGCCAAGAAUGCUGCGGAAGUCCUCAAUGAGGCCAAGUAUCGUGAGGCAUGGCACCAGGACAAGACCAAGUACUCACUGGUGGACACACCGGUCCUCGCCACAGCCAGAGAAGUUGCUAAAAACGUUCACCCUAAACUGUACACCAAGGAGUGGGAUAAGACCAAAGCCACUGGCUAUUUCAUGCCUGGAGAUGCGGUGCAAAUCCAGCAGUGCAUCCAUACUAGCAAAGUCCAAAGUCAUCACAAAUACAUGACUGAAUACAGGAAGCAGGUUGGACACCACAUUGGUGCCCUCAGCAUCCAGGAUGACCCUCUGCUCAUGCUGGCUCUGAACUCAGCCAAGAUCGCCAGUGAUGCCCUGUACAAGAAGGACUUUAACAAAUCCAAGACUAAGUUCCAUCUGCCAGUGGACAUGUUGCAAUUUGAACUGGCCAAGAAAUGCCAGAUGCAAGUCAACGAUGACAACUACAGGACUCGCCUGCACAACUGGACAUGCCUGCCUGAUCAGAAUGAUGUCAUGCAGGCUCGCAAAGCCUAUGAACUUCAGAGUGAUUUCAUCUAUAAGGCCGAUAUGGAAUGGAUGCGCGGUUGUGGCUGGGUGGCAGCACACUCUGUUGAUCAUGUCAAAGCCAGGAAGGCCCAGGAGAUUCUCAAUGACAGGCUAUACAAGAAGAAUGCCAAAGAGUGCUUCGGCAAGUUUACUCCCAUCGUGGACCGUCCAGAAAUUGUCCUGGCGAAGAUAAAUGCUGCUAACCUCAGUGAUCUGAAAUACAAAGAGACCUUCAAUGCAGAAAAGGGACAUUACAUUGGUUCAGAUGACACUCCCCAGCUGGCCCACAGCAGGGAGGUGGCCAAGCACAUCAGUGAGAAAUUCUACAAACUGAACUGGGAUCAGAGCAAAGCUACUGGCUACCAGCUGGACCAUGAAUACAUUCCUCUGCUUUCUGGCAAGAAGGGCAGAGACAUUGCGAGUGAGGCUAAGUACAAGGAUGCCCAUGAGAAGGCCAAGGGCCACUACUUGGCCGGGACUCUGGUGGACUUCCCUGAAGUGAUGCGCUGCGGAGAACAAGAGAAGAAUAAGGGACUGAGGCUCUAUCAGAAGGACUACCAUCACACCAAGACCAAGACCCACAUUCCAUCUGACAUCAUUGCCAACCAGGUGGCUAAGAAGAACCAGGACAUGCUCAGUGAUGUCAUCUACCGCACUUAUCUGCACCAGUGGACCUGCCAUCCUGAACAGGAGGACGCCAUCCGCGCCCGCAGGACCAACGAGAUUCUCAGUGAUGUGUUCUACAAGGAUGACCUCAACUGGAUGAGGGGUAUUGGCUGCUAUGCCUGGGACACACCUGAGAUCCUCCGUGCCAAGAAGUCUUAUGAGCUGCAGAGUGAUCUGAAAUACAAAGAUGAGGCUAAGAAAGGUUUCAACAACUACUCCAUUGUGACAGACACUCCAGUCUAUGUGACUGCUAUCCUGGGUCACACCUGGGCCAGCGAGCUGAACUACAGGGAGGCUUACCAUAAGGACAAACACUUGUAUACUACUGUAUUGGACACCUAUGACUAUGCCAGAUGCCACAACUUCAAGCACUACUUCAGCAAUAAAAACUACACAGAUGCUUGGGACAAAGUCAAGGCCAAGAGCUACCAAAUCCCACAUGACGCACAUGCCCUGCAACAUGCCAAACAGCAGAAGGUCAUCCUCAGCAACGUAAAGUACAAGGAGGAUUAUGAGAAGUUUAAAUCCCUCUACAGUCUGCCCAAGUCUCUGGAGGAUGAUCCUGCUACUGCUCGCUGUGUUAAAGCAGGAAAGCUCGUCCUAGAUCGCCUGUACAGGGAGAACUAUGAGAAGACCAAGGCCAAGAACCACAUCCCACCAGACAUGCUGGAAAUCUUGUCUGCCCGCAACACCCAGAAAACCAUCAGUGAGAUCAACUACCGCAAAUACCUGCACCAAUGGGUGUGCCUGCCCGACAUGCAGAUGUAUGUCCAGGCACGCAAGAUCAAUGAGCAGCUUAGUGAUAUCAUCUACAAGGAUGACUUGAAUUGGCUGAGGGGCAUUGGUUGCUAUGCCUGGGACACACCAGAGAUCCUCCGUGUCAAGCACGCCGGUGAUUUGCAGAGUGAGAGUAAGUACAGAGCCAAGGGCAUUGAGGCCUUCAAGGACUAUUCCGUUGUGACAGAGACUCCAGUGUAUGAGACCGCCAAGCAGAACGCCAUCAACCUGAGCGAUCUGCAUUAUCGCAGCGACUACAACACCAACAUCAAAGGCAGCAACACUUCCCCCGCCGUCACCAUCGACUCAGAGAGGGCCCGUCUGGCCAACUACAUCCAGAGCGAUAACUGGUACAAGGAGGCCAAUAAGCACUUCAUGCCCACUGGAUACUCCCUGCCCCACGACACCCCUCUCAUCAAGCAGGUCAAGACAAACAGCCUUGUUACCAGCGACGUGAAAUACAAAGAGGCCUAUGAGAUGAUGAAGGCCAAGGGCUACACCCUUCACCCGGAGGGUGUCAACUUUGUCAGUUCCAGGAAAGCUAACCAGAUCAUCAACCAACGUCUGUACCGCCAGCUGUAUGAGAAGCAGAAGGACAAGAUCCACACAAUCUAUGACACUCCUGACAUCAAACAAGUCAAAAUGAACCAGGAGAACCUCAGUGAUUUGUGCUACAAAGAGAAAUAUAACAACAUGAAAGGACAACUGAUCUCCAUGCCCAUCACGCCCGAGCUGAUGCACUGCUACCACGUCAACGAGAUCACCAGUGAUCUUCGAUACAAAGAGGACCUCCAGUGGCUGAGAGGUAUUGGUUGCUUCCUGUAUGACACACCUGAGAUGGUCCAUGUCCGCAGUGUCAGCAAGUUCCGGAUGAACUAUCCAGUUGAAGCUAAGAAGAACCAUGCCAACUUCUCCGUGGUGUUGGACACACCAGAGUAUAAGCGUGUGUCUGAGCUCAAGACCCAUAUGAGCAAUCUGAUCUACAAAGCCCACAGCAAAGAGGAGAUGGCUAAGGUCACCAGCACUCUGGAUUCUGUGGACAUCCAGAGAGUCAGAUGGGCCCAGCAGCUCACCAAUAAGUACCAGUACACAGAUCUGGCCAGUAAAGAGAGAGCACACUUCACCCAAGAGAUCAACACCCCCAUCAUGGGACAUGCUAGGUCCAUGAAGGUGGUCUGCAGUGAUAAUAAAUACAAAGAACAAUAUGAGAAGAUGAAGCACAGGUACACUGCCAUUGCUGAUACACCCAUCCUGGUCCGUGCCAAGAAGUCCUACCUCCAAUCCAGCGAUCUGCGCUACAAAGAGACCUUUGAGCUUGCUAAGGGACAUUACCACACAGUCAAGGACGCUCUGGACAUUGUCUGCCACCGAAGGGUCACUAACGACAUCAGUGAGAUCAAAUACAGGGAGAAGUACAACAAUUCUCUGGGUACAUGGAAGUCCAUCCCCGACCGUCCCGAGUUCUUCUUCAGCAGGAUUGUCAGUGACAAUGUCAGCAAUGUCAAAUAUAAGGAGGAUCUGGAGUGGCUGAGAGGAAUUGGGUGCUUUGUGUGGGACACACCUGAGAUGGUGCAAGCUGAGAGGAACAAGGCUCUGUACAGUGAGAGAAAGUACAAAGCCUCUUUUGAGAAGAACAGAGGCAACUUCAGAUAUACCUGUGACACACCAUACUUCCAAGCAGUCAAGAAUGCCUCCAUUCUCAUCAACGAAGCAAAGUAUAAAGCCAAAGCCAAGGAUCUACUUAAGAGGGGCUGCAAUGAGCUGCUCCGUCCAGACAUCCUCACAGCCCUUUACCAGUCCAUUAUGGGCAGUAAGUUGAAGUACAAGGAGCAGUAUGAGCGUGCCAAGGACAAAUUCACCUCCAUCUUGGACACUCCUGAGUAUGAGUCCCACAAACGUAGCAAGAAGAUCAGUGAUAUUAUUUACAAGAUGGAGUACAACAAGAACAAGGCUAAAGGAUAUACCAUGCCUUAUGAUACGCCAUACCAGCAGCACAUGAAGAAGGUCAAGGAGAUCACUAGUACUCUGAAAUACAAAGAGUUGUACGAGAAGAGCAAGGCCCAUAUCAACAUGGACCCUGAGGCCCAACAGAUCCGUGCUGCCAAGGAUGCUUACAAGAAUAUCAGUAACCUUGACUACAGGAGAAGGUAUGAAGCCACCAAGAACAAGUGGAUCUGGAUUGCAGACAGGCCUGACUUUGUCACUGCUGCCAAAAACACCUUACAGCAGAGUGAUAUUGAGUACAAGUAUGACAAGGAGGCGAUGAAGGGCUGUGUGAUACCUGUUGUGGAUGACAAAUACACUGUCCUUGCUAAGAAGAAUACUGAGAUGGCUAGUGAUAUAAAGUAUAAAGAGAAGUAUGAGAAGGAAAAGGGCCACUACGUGCCAGUCCUCGACACUCCUCAGAUUCUCCAUGCCAAGUCAGUGCGCACCCUUGUGUCUGAGAGCAAAUACAAAGAGGCCAGUAAGAAGGACAUGCAGUCUGGCUCAUUCACCACCCUGAAGGAGACUCGUGACACUGUCCACAGCAAGGAAGUCAACAAGCUUGUCAGCGGGAAACUGUACAAAGAGAAAUUUGAGAAUGACAAGGGCAAGUCCAAGUACAACCGGAUGACUGUACCACCUGAUGUGAAACAUGCCAUGGAAGUGGCCAAGAAGCAGAGCAAUUUUGCCUACAAGAAAGAUGCCAAGGACAAACUGCACUACACCUCUGUAGCCGAUCGCCCUGAUAUUAAGAAGGCCACCCAGGCAGCCAAACUCAUCAGCGAGGUUGGUUACCGUGAGAAAGCUCGCCUGGAGGCCAGCCGUGGAGGUUCUCUGGCCCACCGCCCAGACAUUGCCCUGGCCACUGAGGUGUCCAAGUUGACCAGCCAGGUAGACAAGCCCUCUCUCCAUGGAGCAGCCUCCUUCGAUACCCCCAUGAUGCGCCACAUUAAGAAAAUGAGUGCCCUGACUAGUGAUGUGAAGUACAAAGAGAAGUUUGACAAGGAGGUGAAAGGAAAGAGGCCACAGUAUGACAUGAAGGAGAGUAAGAUUUAUCAGACUUUGAAGGAUGCCAAUAUACUGGCUAGUGAGGUGAAGUACAAGGGUGACCUGAAAAAGAUCCACAAGCCUGUGACAGACAUGGCUGAGUCUCUGUCUAUGCAGCACAACCUGAGCACCAGCAAGCUGUCGAGUGACUACCAGUACAAGAAGAAAUUUGAGGCGAGUAAGGGUCACUACCAUAUGAUUCCCGAUACACCAGAACAGCUCCAUCUCAGGGAGGCUUCUGAACUUCAGAGUAACGUGAAGUAUAAGGAGAAGUAUGAGAAGGAGAGGGGCAAGGCCAUGCUGGAUUUCGAGACCCCUACGUAUGUGACUGCCAAGGAAGCCCAGCACAUGCAGAGCCAGAAAGACUAUAAGAAGGACUUUGAGGAGCACAUGAGGGGCAAGAACCUCUCAGGCUUGGAGGUCACCCCUGCCAUGAUACAUGUCAGACACGCCACCAAAAUAGCCAGUGAGAAAGAGUACAGGAAGGAUCUAGAGGAGGGGGUGAAGGGUAAAGGGCUAACUGUACUGGAGGAAACUCCGGAGCUUUUGAGAGCAAGGAAUGCCACUCUAAUCCUGAGUGAGAGAGAGUACAAGAAGGCGUUGGAGCAGGAGAUCAAGGGCCAUGGAAUGUUGGCUUUGGCUACAGACACCCCAGACUUUAUGAGGGCCAGGAAUGCCACUGACAUCCUCAGUCAGACUAAAUACAAGCAUACCGCUGAGAUGGAUAGGGCCAGCUACACAACUGUCAUCGACACCCCAGACAUUAUCCAUGCCCAGCAGAUGAGGAACAUCGUCAGCCAGAAAAGGUACAGGGAGGAGGCUGAGAAGACCAUGUCACACUAUGUUCCGGUCCUGGACACCCCAGAGAUGCAGAGAGUUCGGGAGAACCAGAAGAACUUCAGCACGCUUCAGUACCAGACAGACCUUAAAAGCAUAAAGGGCAAAGUGUCUGCUGUAACGGACACCCCUGAAAUGCUUCGCGUUAAAGAGAAUACAAAGAAUUUCAGCUUGAUUCAGUAUAAGGAGGAUCUGGGAGGUGGCACAGCCGUGCCCGAGACCCCAGAGAUGGAGAGAGUUAAACGCAAUCAGGAGAACAUUAGCACGAUAAAGUACAAGGACUCUCUGGGUCAAGGCACAGCCAUACCAGAUCUCCCUGAGGUGAAGCGGGUCCACCAGACCCAGAAGAACAUCAGCUCGCUUCAGUACAAAGAGGGAGUGGGACAAGGCACUUCUGUAUCAGAGACUCCAGAGAUGGAGAGAGUUAGACGCAAUCAGCAGAACAUUAGCACGAUAAAGUACAAGGACUCUCUGGGUCAAGGCAUAGCCAUACCAGAUCUGCCUGAGGUGAAGCGGGUCCGACAGACCCAGAAGAACAUCAGCUCGGUGUUGUAUAGGGACAGCUCAGCCAAGGGAACUCCCGUGGUGUUCACUCCAGAGAUGGAGAGAGUGAAACGGAACCAAGAACAAAUUAGCUCGGUGCUGUACUCCGACAGCUUCCGUAAGCAGGUCCAGGGCAAGGCCGCCUUCGUUCUGGACACGCCUGAGAUGAGGCGCGUCAAGGAAACCCAGCGCAUCAUCUCUGGAGUGAGAUACCACCAGGACUUUGAGAAGAACAAGGGUAGCUUCACCUCCACCGUCUCUGACCCCGUGACAGAGCGCGUGAAGAAGAACACUCAGGAGUUCAGCGACAUUAACUACCGCGGCAUCCAGAGACGCGUGGUGGAGAUGGAGAGGAGACGCGCUGUGGAGCAUGAUCAGGAGACUCUCACUGAUCUGCGCGUGUGGCGCACCAACCCCGGCUCUGUGUUUGACUACGACCCGGCCGAGGACAACAUCCAGUCCAGGAGUCUGCACAUGAUGUCAGUCCAAGCCCAGCGCCGCAGCAAGGAGCACUCCCGUUCCACCAGUGCCAUGAGCGGCCUGGCUGACGAGAAGUCUGAGAUGUCCCAGGAUGCCGACCACCACUUGUCCCUCUACAGCAACGGCUUUGGAGCGAUGAACUACCAGCAUGCCAAGACAGUAGAGCUGCAGCAAAGGUCCUCAUCAGUGGCCACCCAGCAGACCACCGUCUCCUCUGUCCCCUCACACCCCUCCACCACUGGGAAAACUGUGCGCGCCAUGUACGACUACGCUGCAGCUGACAGUGAUGAGGUGUCCUUCAAAGAUGGUGAUGUCAUUGUUAAUGUGCAGUCCAUCGACGAGGGAUGGAUGUAUGGUACCGUGCAACGCACCGGCAAGACCGGAAUGCUGCCAGCCAACUACGUGGAGGCAAUCUAAAGAUAAAAAGCCCGCCCAUGUCUCCUCAUUUCCCCCCUCAGGAAUGGGUGAGAAACAUCCACAGGGCAAACUGAUUGGUUGUUGGGUACUUAGUGCAUUAUCUAGUUCUUAGAUUUCAAUAACACCGUAAUGUAUUGAGUCUACUAGUUUAGUCCGUUGUUUGUAUCAUUCUUCCGUUUCCUGUGGAUGUGACAUAAGCACCUGAAAGACAUUAGAAAUGCAUAUAAAUACUUCUGAAUAUACAAGACUUUAUGAAAAGGCUGUUAGAAUGAUAGCUAUUCCAAGACCCUGUCUUGCAAAAGCAAUAUCACUUAGAUACUAGCCCAUUAUUUUGUAAAUUGUGAAAACAUCUUAUUUAAUAUAUAUAUGGAAGAUAUUUUUGUCAAAGCUUUUUCAAAAGAGAAAUCUCACAUAAGAAGUGGGCUCACACUGUUGGAAAAACUAUCAGCCAUGGAAAUGACAAUGAACAGAAACUGUUCUCACCUGACAGCAAAGUCAAGAAAGAUAAAACCUAAAGGAGGCAUCUGUAAUCCAUCUCCUCCUCGAUCAAACAAGUCCUGAAGAGUUGUAUGACACCAGCCCCAGUCCUCCCUCCUUUACUGAAGGCUGGUCAGUAGUAGAAUGUGUGUUUUGUUUCUUCCCAUUGCCCAGGUCUACGGUAUGCUGGAAGUCCUAUACAUUUAACCAGUAGCUAAUAAAGCACACCUACUCCUGCAA